AUGGUUCUGCACGAUAAUAAAUGGGACAGAAAAGCCAAGCAGGCAUAUAAUCGCAAACAUGGCAUCGAAACGCCCAAACCGGCCAAGGAGAUCCUACCGAAAAACCACUGGAAGACCGAUGAUGAAGACCUGAACAAUGAUGUUUCUGUGCCUGAGCCAACUGUAGAGAGCACCACUCCGUCUGCAUUUACAGAUCAUUUGCAGGCGAUCGAGCUUCCGUCGCUUCCGGAUAUGCCUGAGCAGUCUGAGGAGGAAAAGGCGCUGAUUGCUCAGAGAAUAGCGGAGUUGAAGGCCACCGAACAUAAACAGUAUCGCUCACAUGUCACCGUAGUUGACAAUUUGGCGGAAUUCGAACGCAUAAACUCCAACGUAGAGCAUACUCGAAUGACCAGGGACAUGCGGCGGCGAUUUGGAAAGCCCAAACACGGAGAGCUAGAGGAAGACGAUGAUUUCGAGUCUUUUAUGGAGAAUCCAGCUCCUAUUCAGAGACAAACUGCCCCUACGACCGUUGGAAAGUUUGAGAUCGAUUUAGAAAAACAAUCUUUCAUAGACGGAUUGCUACGCUAG